AUGGAUAACUGUAAAGAGGUGCGUUUGAUGCAGUGGCCGGGUGGUGUCCGCCAAAUCCCGUCUUCAAUCUGCAGUCAGCCCUGUCAGCAAGGGGAGCGCAAGAAGAUUGUGAAGGGCAUUCCUUGUUGUUGGCACUGCGAGCGCUGUGAUGGCUAUCAGUAUCAGGCAGACACCUACACAUGUAAAAUGUGUCGCUUUGAUUUGCGUCCCAACGAGAAUCACACAGGCUGUGUUCCAAUCCCCAUUGUUAAGCUGGAGUGGAGCUCCCCCUGGGCAGUCAUCCCUGUGCUUAUCGCAGUCCUCGGCAUCAUGGCCACUUUGUUUGUUGUGGUCACGUUCAUCCGCUACAACGACACGCCAAUUGUGAAGGCAUCAGGGAGAGAGUUAAGCUAUGUGCUGCUAACUGGAAUCUUCCUCUGUUACGCCACAACGUUCUUGAUGAUUUCUGCACCUGAUGUAGGAAUCUGCUCCCUCCGCAGAAUCUUCUUGGGUUUAGGGAUGAGCAUUAGUUAUGCUGCUCUGCUCACCAAAACCAAUCGUAUUUACCGCAUCUUUGAGCAGGGCACCAUGUCUGUGAGUGCUCCCAGGUUCAUUUCUCCAGCCUCCCAGCUUGUCAUCACCUUCACCCUUGCUUCAGUGCAGCUGCUCGGGGUGUGCAUAUGGUUUGGCAUGGAUCCCUCCAAGGCCCUUAUCGACUACGAGGACCAGAGAACAUCUAACCCUGUGCUGGCUCGUGGUGUUCUCAAGUGUGAUAUCUCUGACUUGUCUCUCAUCUGCUUGCUGGGCUAUAGCAUGCUGCUCAUGGUCACCUGUACUGUUUAUGCCAUCAAAACUAGAGGUGUGCCUGAGACCUUUAAUGAGGCCAAACCCAUUGGUUUCACUAUGUACACAACCUGCAUAAUUUGGCUAGCGUUUAUUCCAAUCUUCUUCGGCACUUCACAGGAUAUGUACAUCCAAACAACCACACUAACCAUCUCUGUGAGCCUGAGCGCAUCAGUGAUCCUUGGUUUGCUCUACAUGCCCAAGGUCUACGUGAUUCUCUUGCAUCCUGAACAGAAUGUGCCCAAGCGCACACGCAGCCUGAAGGCCGUGGUUACCGCAGCUACCAUGUCCAACAAGUUCAACCCCAAGGCCGGACUCAGACCCAACGGAGAGGCCAAGACUGAACUCUGUGAAAGCCUCGAAACACAAUCCUUCUCAACAAAGCAAACCUACAUCAGCUACAGCAACCACGCAAUCUAAGGGACAAAGGUUCUUAUCCACAAUUCUAGAUUUUCACCACGGCAGAGAGAGAGAGAAAUAUAUCAAAAUAAAACAUGAAGUGGAAUUUCACACAGCUUCAAAAAAAGGUUUCUCGUUGUGUGGGUGGUGAUCACAGAAGCAUUGCCCAAAGACGUGACAUGCUGAGGAGAAACCACAAAGAAGGGCGGAGAUGGACAAAAAUGACCAGAACAGAUAGAUGUACAAUUUUAGAGAUUCCAUCUUCUGUCAGCCAACAAAAAACACAGACAAAACAGAAAAAUCCUUGCAUGGGGGAAAAGGUGGAGACUGAAGGAUGGAGCUAUCUGUUGGAGUGUUUAAAUUUGUCUCUAAAAGACUUGUGAGAUUUUAAGCAGGGCAGAAUGGAGCUGCACCUACAUCAAGAAUACGUUCAGGCAUUUUCAAUGUCAUUUUAAAAUGGCGUCACAUGGGAUAAAUCAACUCCUAUAAGGCAUGAAAACAUGGAUUUCUUAAAGGGGCUUGCAGUUUUUAUUCCUCAGUGCAUUCCAGUCUCGCAAGUCAGACGAGUGGAAACGAGGAUCAUCUCAACAGCGCAGCAAACACGUGCUUGUCUUUUUCUGUCCUCUUCCAGGGUCCCGCUGCGCUGAGAAGAACCACAGCACUCAUGACAAAGGAUCUUUGCCAAUUUUCAGCAUGCCAGUUUCAACAUCCUGUGUUGUGUUGUUUACCAAAAAAAAAAAAAAAAA